GCGGCCGGAUCGCUUCCGGAGCGCGACCUUCCCGGCGAGUGGGAGCGCGGCCGUGCGCGGCUCUGCCUCUCCCGGAGCUGCGGCACCGCGGGCAGGGCGGCAGCGGCGAGGAGCGCUCGGCCAGCGCCGCGUGUUGCCGGGAUGGCGGCGCCGACGAUGGAGGAGAGGAAGGCGUGCUGGGGGGCCCGGGACGAGUUCUGGCAGUGCCUGGACAGGCACGGCGAUGAGGCCGCCGAGUGCGAGAAGCUGCGCCGCGCGUUCGAGGCGCGCUGCCCGCAGCAGUGGGUUAAACACUUUGACAAAAGAAGAGACUUUUUAAAAUAUAAAAAGAAGCUUGAAACGGAAGGGUAUCAUCCUCCAGAAGCUGCUGGAAAGUCUUAGGAACUCUGCUCUCAAAAUAAAUCAAGUGAGAGAAACUACAGAAGGAAGAAGCCAGAGAAAGCAACAGAAGCUGCUUGAGUGCAAGAACUGGUAAUGUAGCAGUCGCCCUGAAAUGCAGACUGCUCUUCUUGUUGCCAGGUCUCACGUGUCUGCUAAAAAAAGGGUCAUUGACAGUUCUGAUGAGUUUUUAUGUCAAAUACGGUGCAGGGCUGUUCACAAAUUUAAGGGUUUGAAUAUAUAAUUAGUAAAAUUGUUUCACAGGAAUGAAUGAUUAUUUAAAAUUGCAAUGUACAUAUUCUAAAGAGAAAAUGAAAUUGUUUUCCAGUAAGUGAACCAGCUUUUUGCUAAAAUAAAAAAGUCCAUUCCAA